CGAAAUUAUGACUCAACUCGUCCAUUUCGUCAAAAACCGUACACGGGACAAGUUUGGACUGGUUCAGCGCUGGUCAAUUUCGUGUUGAUUAACUCGACCAGGAAAACUACAUUCAACGAAAAUGGCCGCCACCGGUAAGGACCUCGAGAAACCCGUCGCCGAAACCGCGACCGUGCAUCGCAUCCGCAUCACCCUGACUUCCAAGAAUGUUCGCAGCUUGGAGAAGGUGUGCGCCGAUCUGAUCGCUGGAGCCAAGAAGCAGAAGCUGCGUGUCAAGGGCCCAGUGCGUAUGCCGACCAAGAUCCUUCGCAUCACCACCCGCAAGACUCCUUGCGGUGAAGGUUCGAAGACUUGGGAUCGUUUCCAGAUGCGCAUCCACAAGCGUAUCAUCGAUCUGCACUCGCCGUCGGAGAUCGUCAAGCAGAUCACCUCGAUCAACAUCGAACCCGGUGUAGAGGCUGAGCUGACCAUUGCCGAUCCGUAAACUGAUCGCGAGACGGGUACCGGCAUCACAGGCGGAUAACACUGCAUGUGAGUUCGCCUGUCGUCGGUGUCUCGGUGGUUCACCCACUGGGGCCUCUACGCACACUACGCACCCUUGCAGCUAACCAUCUGAUGGUGGACGGAAGGUGGCUGUGUGGCGGAGGACCUGGUGAGGGAAUCUGGCCGCACGCAACGGGAAGCAUCUAUACCGAAUUCAGCGGCAAGCAGAGGGCCACGAUUGAAGCGUCGCUUCAAGGGUUUGGUGCUGCUUCUCUGCGGUAAAAAUGCUGAACAAUGCGUAAAGAAAAAAAUAAACUUUUUACAUUAAAAAGUUAAAAACA